AUGCAACAGGUAGUAAGCACAACGUCGUAUCGCCGAUGCCUCCUUGCAUCGAUCACGACGACAAAUGUAGUUCCCGCACCUCGCAACCAGAACGAGAUGAACAAGGUCCUCGAUGAAGAACUCGACGGUAACGUUAUGUGGGAAGAAAAGUCGCUCCCCCGAAAUGUUGAGUCCGUCAUGGACGCCAUCUUCAUACAAUCAGAUUUCACACCAGAGAGUAUCGGUACCAUUCUGUAUCAACCAAUUGAGUCUAGCUCAGGGAGGAAAAGUACCGUAGUGCCUGUGUUCAUACCUGCUACCAGGGGCGCGGGCGGCACGUGGCAAUUGGAUAGGAAGAACGUCCAACCAAGGAGUUUGGCGAGGACUUCGGCUAGCAGGAAGCAGAUGCCGCACAAGAAGACGAAGCUGCGUUCGCAGACAAGCACGGCGGUGUCCGCGCUGACCGACACAGAAGUGGAGGGGUCGGAUUCUUCCCUGACAGCACCUGAUACCGACAAGAGCUUCAACGCUCAAGAAUACAACGACAAGAAUCCGAACAACAAGCGAGUCAAGACAUCGGCGACAGCAGAAGGCAGAUGGACCCUGCUUUUCAAUACCGUGCAAGCAGUCAUGCAUUCGUUGUACGCGAAAUGUUUCCCAAAUCCCUCAAAAUCAUUCCCCUUCCGGCCCAUGGAUCUUGUCUGUGGCCAGCCAAAGCGUAUCUGGUCUUCCAAAUUUUCUACUAUCGUCGUCCCGGACGAUACCAAUGCGCAAAAGCCAGACAUCAUUCUGGUAGAUUGCAGCCUACGUGACUCCUCGUUACGAUGGUGCAAUAUCAUCACAUGCGUCGAGCUUACGGACAGCGAACUAAACACGCAGAUACCUUUGUAUCGGGGUUCCGCCACCAAAGGGUAUCUUUUAAUGCGUGAGCAACCCUGGCGCCGAUUCGUCUUCAUCUUCUCUAUCGCCCACAACCAACUUCGCUUACAUUACUUCGACCGCUCGGGUCUUAUCAUUUCCCGCCCCAUCUCCAUCACCAAAAACCCGGUACGUCUUCUCGACGUCUUAAAUACUGUCACUCUCGCGCACACCAACACCCUCGGUUUCGAUCCCACGAUGCACAUGUGCGAUUGUACCUGCAAGAACACGCACCAUGAUCUGAGGGAGAAAGCGAUAGGUUGGAUAGAGGGUAAAGACGGGACUCACUUGUCAAUCAUGAGCAUUCUUUGGCGAAGCCAAGGUUUCUUCUCCCGUGGCACCACUUGCUACCGCGUUCAGACUCCAGGCGGAGAUGAGUACGCACUGAAAGACUGUUGGGUCCCUGAAAACAGGAGAUAUCACGAGGGAAACGUUCUUCGGAUGGUUGCGGGCGUCCCGAACGUAGUGAGGCUCGUGGAUGAGUGGGACGUCCUUUACGAUGGGGUGCCGGACUGCACAGAUCGCAUUCGAGCCUCUUAUGGUACGAGUAGCGCUGGGUUCAUCCGCAGGUACCACCGGCGCCUUCUUUUGAGCCCGUGUGGAGAGCUGCUCUUGACCUAUUCCUCCAGGACAGAGCUGGUAAAAGCCUUCCACGACAUAGUAGUUGCUCAUGGCUUAAUGCUCGACUGCCACGUCCUGCACGGAGAUCUGAGCCCGAAUAACUUCAUACUCUACGACGGUCAAGUGUACUUUAUUGAUUUCGAUCACGCCGGGAUCACGACUGAUAGCCACAGUAUUCAAUCGGAGGGCACGGGUACCAGGCCCUAUAUGUCUAUUCGCCUUCUGCGAGAAAGUCUUGACGACAGCGAGAGCCAGGAGACGGUCUCGCAUACAGCUGGUGAUGAUCUAGAAUCUCUAUUCUACAUCUUCGUCGAAUUUGCGACUACGUUCGACGGGCCAUGCGCCAUGAAGAAAGACGAGGCCAAGAAGCCCAUGUGGUACCAAUACUGGCUCCUCAUGGGUCACAAGUCCUGGACUACCAAGCAAGGAUUUGUGCUCUCAAACCCCGGCGACACGUCACUAAUGUCACAGACAACGUCGUUCUUUCAGUCAUUCGGUCCAAUCAUUCAAGAGUGGCGCCAUUUAAUUCUCGCGGCCGCCGAGGCCGCAUGCAAGACAAACGGUCUUCCCUCCGGCGUAUCUCACAAGGAGCUCGCUACACUCCUCUAUAAGUGGCUCUCUCAGCUCCCACAGGAGGUGCCCGAAUACUACGUCCCGCCUGCUACAGCAUCACCCCUACCUAUAAUAGCAUCAUCGUCGAGAAUAGCUCAUCCUUCGGGCUCAAACAACAUGGCGUCAUUAGCUACGGGUCCUCGUCGCUCUCAAUCCUCAGAUCCCUCAUCGACUCCUUCGCAACCUCCUGGUAGCCAAAAGAGGUCUGCUGCUCGUGACGACUGGGAAUCGCAGAAGAGGCUCUUGGGAACGAACCUUCAAGCACUAGUCGACGCCCAAAAUCACCAUCCCUAUUCCCCACCCAACAUCUGCAUUGUCCUCUCCGUCUCCAACUCCAAUACUCAUGGCACGCGGCCUUUCAUUGCGCCUCGCCUACUUCCCUCGAUCCCCACCAUCCAAGCACCUCUCACUCCCACCCGCUCUCGAGGGCGCAUAGCAUGA